UGACUAUUAUUAGUAUAGUUAUAUUGUUUGCAAUUUACAGAUAUUAUACAUCAAAAUGUAUGUAUUGGGAGUCGCAAGGAGUACCGACAGCAUCGGUAAGUCUAUGGACACGUAUGACCAGAUCCAUAGGCGAUUGGGAACAGGAGUUAUAUGGAAAGUAUGGCAAAUGUUUCGGCGUCUAUGAACUGAACCGUCCGGUACUCUAUCUGUCGGAACCCGAUUUGAUUCGCGAUGUUUUAGUCAAAGAUUUUCAUAUAUUUCCAAACAGACGGGAUUUUUCUACCGGUGCCGACCCAUUGAUCGACAAAGCGGUCGGUAUUAUCCGGGAUGACGACUGGAAACGUGUCCGUACGAUAAUAUCGCCGACAUUUACGGCCGGAAAACUACGUAAAAUGGUGCCAAUGAUCGACCAAUGUAUGGAUAAUAUGUCCAAAUAUUUGGAUAGUAUAGCUAAUAACAGGACAAACGGUAGUAUCGGUGAUAUGAAACAGCUGUUCGGGGCCUACAGUAUGGAAGUCAUAAUACAGGUAGCAUUCGGUACCCGUGUUGAUACCCUAUUUGAUAGGGACAACCCGUUCAUUGGUAAUGCCAGCAAAAUGUUUAGCACUGAUUUCAGCUUAAGUUUACUAAUAAUCAAUAUAUGGCCCGAAUUGGCUAAACUAUUGAAACUAUCGAUAGUCGAUAAAUCGGUUUCGAAAUUUUUCCGGGAAUUUACCCUAAAAAUUAUCGCCGAUAGACGUAGUAGUAGUAGUAGUAGUGGACAGUCGGCCACCGAUACAACCACUACUACCAAACGGACCGACUUUUUACAGCUAAUGUUAGACACGAUGACAGACAAUGAUAAUAACAAGACUACUACUACUACUACUACUACUACUAGUGAUGUUAAUAAUUCAGAUAAAUAUCUGACAGACGAUGAACUAAUGGCUCAGUCGAUCAUAUUUUUUAUCGCCGGCUACGAGACAACUGCCACUGCAUUGUCGGUAAUAACCUAUUUGUUGGCCAAACAUCCCGAUUGUCAGCAAAGAUUGUACGAUGAAAUCGAUGAUUAUGUCAGACAUCAUAAACAGUCGGACGUCGAUUACGAUAUAUUAUAUUCAUUGAAAUACUUGGACGCCGUCUUCAAAGAGUCGCAACGCCUGUAUCCGGCGGUUACGGCCAUUGAACGACAGGCCAACCAGGACUACACAUUGAACAACCAUACGACUGGCCAACACCACCAACACCACCAGAGAUCCUCCGAUGGUAUAACCAUACGCAAGGGUCAAGUAGUUCACAUACCUGUCUAUUGUAUACAUCGAGACCCGGCUAACUAUCCCCAGGCCGACCAGUUCCUGCCCGACCGGUUUCUACCGGGCAAUCAAUUAGGCCAACAUCAUCAUCCGUAUGCCUUUUUACCGUUUGGUUCCGGUCCGCGACAGUGUAUUGGUAUGCGAUUGGCCCUAAUUGAGUCCAAACUGGCACUGGUCAAUGCCGUCUACAACUAUCGAUUUUUUGAUACCGGGAAACCCCUUGAGUUUUACGACGCUUUGUUUGGCGUUAUGACACCUAAGCAAGUGUUUGUUAGGGUUGAAAAACGUCCGAAAAUUAUUAAUUGAUUAGUAAUACUGUAAUAAUAAUAAUAAUAAUAAU